AUGGCUGGGCAGGGGGAGACCCUGCCUGGGGGCCGUGAGCAGACGUCCCCGGGGGUGACCCUCACCGACAGCCUCAUCGCCAUGAGGAACCUGCCUCGCGUGGUGGAGCCCCGGCACCCAGAGAGCCGAUCCAUGGAGCUGCUGUCCCCCUCGACCAUCCGCUUGGACCGGGAGAACAUCUGUGCUAUCGGGAGGCUCCAGAGCCUGCAGGAGAUUCACAGCCUCUACCUGCAGCAGAACCAAAUUGAGAAGAUUGAGAAUCUGGGCUGCUUUCCCAACCUGCGGUUCCUCUCCCUGGCUGGAAACCGCAUCCGCAGAGUGGAGAACUUGCAGACCCUGCGACACCUGCGUGUCCUGGACUUGUCCCACAACCAGAUACAGACGCUUGACCCAGAUGAGCUGCCCCGCAGCCUCCGUCUCCUCGACUUAACGGGAAACGAAUGCACCCACCAGGAUGGAUACAGAGAGCUGGUGGUGGGAGCCCUGCCCCACCUCCUGCAGCUGGACGCCCAGCAUGUCCGUGGCAGUGUGGGUGAGGAAAAGGAGGAAGGAGGCUCUUCCAGCAGUGAGGAUGAAGACGACGAGUCGCCCUCUGAGCAGAGCGGCCCUUUCACUGCAGGCAAAGGUGCCCAGACUGAAGCAGGACACGUUGCACGCUUGGGGGUUAAGCAGGCCGGUCCCUCUGUCCCCAAGGAUUUCUUCGCAGAUCUGCACCAGGAGCUGGCCGGGCGCUCGCGGCGGAGGCAGAGGGAGGCCCUGGAGGAACACCAGACCCGUCUGGAAGAGCUGGAGGAGCUGCAGGAGUGUCGGGGUCUGCUGCUGCCUCCUGCACAGCUGAGCCCAGGCCGGGAGGGAGCAGCCUGCAUCACGACCCCAGGACCCAGGCGGUCUCAGCCCCGUCCCCAAGCGAAACUGGGGACGUGGCUGCCACCCCUGCCGGGACCUGGUGGGCAGCACACCUGCCUGCAGCCCCAGCAAGCUCCUGGCAGGAGCCAGCCCCGGACUAAGGCUCUGGAGGAGGAGACUCGCACCAAAGGAGCAAAAAAUAGGCAGUUACCCCGAAUACCCCGCACCAGCAUGGCACCACAUGGUUGGGAUUAA